AUGGACCAAUACUUUACAUAUGAGGCGCGGCUUGCCUCUUUCCAAAAAAGCUCCAAGAAGAGAGGAUCAACCGCCGGCGGACGAAGCAAAGCCCUGAAUUGGCCCCAUAAACAGAUUGCGCCUGCGAAUGUACGCUUGGCGAAAGCCGGAUUCUAUUUCGAACCGUACCCCGAAAAUCCUGAUAACUGCGUCUGCUUUCUUUGCGGAAAGGGCCUGGACGGAUGGGAAGAUGGCGACGAUCCGCUUGAGGAGCAUCUCAGGCAUGCUCCUCAGUGUGGUUGGGCUAUAGUCGCUGCUAUUGAAGCUGAAGUGGACGAGUAUACGAACCAAGAUCCAAGCCUACCUCAUAUGAUCGAAGCGCGAAAGGCGACGUUCGCUGGCAAAUGGCCCCAUGAGGGAAGAAAAGGAUGGAAGUGCAAAACAAAACAGGUAACUUGUUGA